AUGUGUCAGCCUAAGUUUUUCCCAGAGCCAGAGGCCCCUCUUGUGGGUUAUGGAAGCAGGGUCCGGCUUCCGACGGGCAACCGCUCGCGAACCAUUUCCCUGCAGGAGCUCAUGGAGCAUUUUCACCUUCCGAUAAACGAAGCUGCUUGCAAGUUGGGCGUUUGUGUCACCGUCUUGAAGCAGCAAUGUCGUGAACACGGCAUCCAGAGGUGGCCGUUUCGGAAGGUUCGCAAGCUCGACAACAUGCUUCACGCUUUAGAAAAUUCCACACCACCCGAGCGACUGCGGCCGUUCGCGCUUACGAACGGGGAAGAAGAGAGUUUCUUUGCUACUGCUUUUGACCACGUGACUAGCCGGUGGUCUCUAUCCCCUUCUAAUAAAUAUGGAGGAUCGACGGCAUCGGCGGGCGAUGGCCGGUUCGUCCCGAACCCGUUCCAGUACAAUGCGCGCGUGGCGUCGGCGCUGGUGCCGUGCGUGCUAGUCCUGCUGGGCGCGGGAGGGCCGGUGGUCGUUGGCACGCUGGUAGCGGGGCUCAUGCUCUCGUACGUGCUCGACGCGCUGCAGCUCAAAACCGCCGCGUUCGUCGCCAUCUGGACGUCCUUCUUCUCCACCGCCGCCGCCAUCGCGUUCUCCGGAGUCGGCUUCGCGCCGCACGUGCCGGUGCCGCUCUCGCUGCUCGUGCUACUCUCCUCCGUGAACCUCGUGUUUCUGUGCGGCGUGUGGGUGUCGCUGCAGUUCCGAUGGCUGCAUCUCGAGCACCCCUUCGUCGUCCUCACACUCGAGCGACUCCUCUUCGCUUGCACACCCAUCACCGCCGUCGCCAUAGUCAUCUGGGGGCUAGUCGCGUCCGUGGGGAUCGUGUACGCGCCUUAUUACCUCGUGCCUGUGCUCUUCGCGCUCUUCUGGCUCUUCUCCCUCCCCGCUCCCUCCUCCUUCCGCGCCGCGAAGCACCAUCCGCGGCUCCGCGCGAAGGAAUCUGACGACGUGUUCAUUCUCGGGUCGCUGGAGAGCGCGAUUCACGCGGCCGUGCUGCUGUUCCUGCCGCUGGGCUUCCACGUGGCGGUGCAUCGCAACCGUUGGAUAGAAUCAGCGGGUGAUAUCUGCGACGAUCUGCUGCUCUUCUUCCUGCCCGUGCUCUUCCUGCUCGUCGCGUCCACCCGCGGCGCGCUGCACUGGGUCGUUCGUGACCAUUCCAAGCUGCAACACGUGCGUAGCACGUGGAUGACACGUGGGAGGGGAUGUAGGCACGUGGGAGGGACGUGCAAGGGACGUGCGAGGGACACGGAUACCAACGUCUUUUGUUCUCCCCAUCAUUCUCCCCUUCCUGCCACCCUUCCUGCCCCACCACCUGUUGCCCCUCCUACUCCCCUCCCUGCUCCCCCUCCUCCCCCUCAUGCUCCUAUCCUGCCCCCCCUCCUGCCCCCCCUCCUGCCCCCCCUCCUGCCCCCCCUCCUGUCCCCCCGCCUGCCCUCCACACUGCCCCCCCAGGUGCGUGUGGUGAACGGAGCAUUCGCGCUGGCAGUGGUGCUGGUGUGCGGGGAGGUGCGGGUCAUCUUCCCGUCCUUCGCGCACUACAUCCACUUCCCGCCGCCCCUCAACUAUCUCCUCGUCUCGCUCGCCCUCUUCGGCCUCGCCUUUGGCUUCGCUGCACACCUGCUGGGGCUUGUCACAGGGCUCGUGGGCACGUCCGUGCUCAUGACUGUGCUGCUCGUCUCUGCUGUAGCUGGGUCCCUCGUUCUCGGCAUGCCUCUCACUGUGAUGCCCAUGCUGCUUUGCCCCCCUGUCACUCACCAUCCCUUUGCCCCCUUUGUCCCAUCACCCCCAUUCUCUCCUCUCAAUCUGUCUCCCUCAUUCCCCAACCCCUCCCCGCACCUCCUCCCCUUACCCCCUACAACUCCCCCCAUUUUCAUCCUCCCCUCCCACCAGAUGCUCCCAGCGCCCGCCAUAGCAGCAGUGUACCUCGCCUUCCACUCCUCGCACUCCCUGUCGUCCCCCACUCUGUUUCUCUCACCCUCUCACUUCCCCUUCUCCCUUCCCACUUCCCUCCCUCCCAUCACUUUCCCCCCACCAGAUGCUCCCAGCGCCCGCCAUAGCAGCAGUGUACCUCGCCCACUUCCACUCCUCGCGCUCCCUGUCAUGCUCCCAGCGCCCGCCAUAGCAGCAGUGUACCUGGCCCACUUCCACUCCUCACGCUCCCUCACCUCCUACCUCAUAUUCGCAGCAGCAGCAGCCAUCGCAGCCACCUGGUUCGUGCUCGACCACUUCUUCUUCCUCGCCCUCUCCGUCGCCGGCGUGCCUCUCCGCUCCAUCUGCCAGGGGAUGCUCGCUGCGCUGCUGCUCGCGCUGCUCGUGCCCGCCGCCACGCUGCUGCAUCGGCCGCAGAGGGUUGCAGGAGUGCUGGUUGUGCUGCAGGCGCUGCUGUUCGCAUGGCUGGAGAGUCUGCUCUAUAACGGGGAUGGGCGGGCGGAGGAGGGCGUGUAUCCGAGCUUCCUGGUGGUAACCACCACUGUGGCAGGGCUGGCAGCAGUGCAGCGGCUACACGCGGAGCACAAGAUAGGCGCGGUGGCGGAGUGGGUGGGGUCGUGCGUGUACCUGGCGAAGCUCCCUAUGCUCGCUGUGUCAUCUCCUGGUGCCACCUUCUCCUCCCUGCUGCUGCUGCUCGCUGUCACUCCGCCCUUCUUCCUCUACCGGGACAAGGCCCAUGCGCGCUCGCGCAUGCGCCCGGGGGUGGCAGUGGCGCAUGCAGCAGCGGCAGUGGCAGCAGUGGUGCACGCGCGCUUCAUGCUAUUCGACAUUGCCAUGUCCCUCACCGGCCACCGCCCCUCCCAUGCUCUGCUCAUUGGCGCCCUGCUGCUCGCUGCCAUUGCUGCGUGCCUGCCCAUCCUCCUCCUCCACUUCCCACACUCCAUGGUGAGUUCAGCAGUGGUCAUGCUAUACGACAUAGCAGUCUCUCUCACCGGCCACCGCCCCUCCCAUGCGCUGCUCAUCGGCGCCAUGCUGCUCGCUGCCAUUGCUGCCUGCCUGCCCAUCCUCCUCCUCCACCUUCCCCACUCCAUGAUUACAUGCACCGUCUCUCAUCCCUCCCAUCCGCCCCCCUUUCCUGCAUUCAUCCAUCGCCUUCACUCUCUCCCACUCACAACACCCUCUUUCCCUUUCACCCACUUCCCCAUCCCCACCCCUCCCUCACAUCUCUCUCCCCACUUCUCUCAGUCUGCGAGGCGCGCAGCAGCGCUGGCAGCAGCAGGAGCAGCGCUCUUCAUGUGCCUGCAACCCCCACUCCCCCCCGCAUGGCGCACACUGCGCGCAGCAGCGCUCGCAGCAGUGGGCGCUGCACUCUUCAUGUGCCUGCAACCCCCUCUCCCCCCCGCAUGGCGCACGCUGUGGGACUCGGCACACUUCCCCGAUGAGGACGAUCCAGACGACUCCACCAUCUACGCCCUCCCCACGCACGGCCCCCUCUGGCCUGCGUGGCUGCUCCUCUCCCUCAUCCUCUCCGGCCUAGCAGCCUUCCUCCGCGCGAUACCCAUAGGGGAGGUGGAGGCAGUGCGGGUGGGGUACGCAGUAGGCAUGGGUGUGGCUACUGGUGUGUAUCUGCAGGCAGAGUUUUUCCUCUUCCUGCCGCUGCUGCCCCGCGCGCUGCUCUUCCUGGCGGCCAUAGCAGGGGCGCUGUUUCUCGUGCUGGCUCAUCGGCCGCCCUCGUGGAUUCCGCCCCACUCGCCGCUGCUGCCGGGGCUGUUUGCGCUGCAGGCAGCGCUGCUGCCGCUGACGUACCUGGCUGUGGGGAGGGCGGCACUGGUGGAGGUGCAGGGGGAGGGGGAGGCGGGCCAGGAGUAUGACUUGUAUGAUGACACGCGCAGACAGUGCAUGUGCCGCACCUCACAACAGCCCGUCGCUUCCCCUUCCCCAUCACCCUCGUAUUCCCCAUCACCCUCCCCCUUCUUCCCCAUCACCCCGCCCCCCCACUCCCCCACCCCCCUUCCUUCCCCAUCACCCUACUUCUCCCCAUUGCCCUCUUCCCCCCCCACUCAGGCAGCGCACACAGCACUAAUGGGCAUCUACUGUGUCUACUUCCUGCUCGCCGCUCUCCUCAUCAACCUCAACCUCUCGCCCCGCCCCUCCACCGCCUCCUCUCUCUCUUCCUCCUCUGACGGUAGUGGCCUUUCAUCUGCUGCUAACGGCGCCUCUGCGCUGCCCCAGACCUCGCCCUUCGCCCCCAAGCACCGAUCCUUCCAGGUACUCGGGCCCAACGCACUGCCUGCCUCUUCUGCAUCCUCCUCCCUCUCCCUCCUUCAAACAUGCAACUUAGAAUCCUUAGCCUCACGCCAUCUCUCACACCGCUCCCUCCCUAACUUGUACCGCCAUCUCCCUCCCCUCACUCCCAUUCCGAGUCUCUUGCCCCUCUUCCUCAGCACUGGGAGGGAGACGAACCUGCUAACAGCUUUCACCUUACGGCCCUUCCCUUCCUUGUCGUCCUCUUGCUGUCUUUGCCCGUACCCUUCCCUGUCUCAUGCACCCACUUUCCCUGUCUGCUACCGCAUCCUCUCCAUCCUCUUCCCGUCCCCCCACCUCCCCCCAGCAGCGGCACAUGGGUGUGCUAGCGACCUUCACCUCGCGCUCUUAAUGGAUGCCCCUGGAUCACCAUCCUUGUCCUCAUCCUCUCCAUCCCCCCUUUCGCCCACCACCCCCAAACCAGCCGCGGCACAUGGGUCUACUAGAGACCUUGACCUCGCGCUCUUAAUGGAUGCCCCUGGAUCACCAUCCUUGUCCUCAUCCUCUCCAUCCCCCCUUUCGCCCACCACCCCCAAACCAGCAGCGGCACAUGGGUCUACUAGAGACCUUGACCUCGCGCUCUUAAUGGAUGCCCCUGGAUCACCAUCCUUGUCCUCAUCCUCUCCAUCCCCCCUUUCGCCCACCACCCCCAAACCAGCCGCGGCACAUGGGUCUACUAGAGACCUUGACCUCGCGCUCUUAAUGGAUGCCCCUGGAUCACCAUCCUUGUCCUCAUCCUCUCCAUCCCCCCUUUCGCCCACCACCCCCAAACCAGCAGCGGCACAUGGGUCUACUAGAGACCUUCACCUCGCGCUCUUCAUGGAUGCCCCUAUGCUGGUAACCGUUACGGCUGAAGCAGCCACGGCGGUGUAUUACUGGGGGUGGAGCUGGGUAACGCUGGGUUACAAUGUAACGCAGCUGGCAUGGACGGUGGGCAUGGUGCUGCUGUGUGUGCCCAUGCACAUGCUCUUUAACCUAUUCAUGUGGGACAACGUACGAAGGAGCGAGUACUUGCUGUUGCUGCUCGCACCGAUGUGUGUGCCAGCAGUGGUGCUGCCAGGGGAGAUGCCUGUGGUGCGGGUGGUGGGGGUGCUGGGGCUGAUAUAUGCGUUCCUGCAGCUACUCAUCUCACGACACAUACGCGUUGCUGGCUUGAGACUAAUCUAG